AUGAGAAAACCAGUGGUCAUUGGGUUAAUUGACCCAACCCCCCAGGUGUUGGAGAUCACCGACAAUUUACCGUCCAACGAACUCAGAUCAAGCAUUACUCACUCAUUGAUUACCUCGUAUAAUCUUCAAGAAUCUUGUGAUAUGAUCGCCAUUAGGAGGGGAAAGGUUACCAGGAAACUACUCCAAUCAUUCCAUGAUAAAAAAUACAUUCGGUUUUUAAUGAAAAGUCGACCCCAAUUAGAAGAAGAUUACAAUGAUUACAAACUAGGUAAUAAGAGGAAUAUUAAUGAUGGAUGGGAAUCUUGUCGAAAGAUAAGAAAGAUUGGAAAUGCUAGACCACUUUCUUCUAAAGAGGAUGAACAAAAAAAAGAUGAAGAGGGAAUGAAUAACGAGACACCGGAUGAAGAUAAACAGGAUGAAGAUAAACUAGCGUUAUCAGAAGAAGAUUUAUCUUCCGAAGAUGAACCUUCGUCAUCUGAAUCAGAAAAUAGCAUCGAUCUAAAUGAUUACUCCACAAAUGAUGAAAAACACCAAAUUUUAGAGAAAUACAGCCUAAUUUACGAUUGUCCAUUAUUCCCCACUUUGCCUGACUAUAUCAAAAUCGUUACCUCCUCUACCAUCGAGUCUUGUAAAUGGUUGGUUAAGCAGUCAACUAAUAAUUGUCAACCAAUUGCCAUAAACUGGCUCGGGGGUCGUCAUCAUGCUAAACGAGCCAAAGCUAGCGGGUUUUGUUAUGUCAAUGACAUUGUCUUGGGGAUCCAAUACUUGCGAACCACCAAAUAUAAAAAAGUUAUUUAUAUCGACCUUGAUCUUCAUUACGGUGACGGAGUGGCUGAAGCGUUCAAGUAUUCUAACAAAGUGGUGACAGUAUCAUUCCAUUAUCACGAUGCUGGGUUAUUCUUUCCAUUUUGUGGCUCCGUUGAAGAGCGCGGUCAAGGGAAUGGUGAAAACUAUUGUGUUAACAUUCCUCUCAAACAAGGGCUUUCUAAUGGGAACUUUGAAAAGUUAGUGAAAUCCAUCAUAACUCCGUUGAUUGAGGAAUUUGGCGGUGUAAAUGAUUGUGUAAUUGUUUUGCAGUGUGGGCUUGAUGGUUUGUUCAAUGACCAGCAUUUCAAAAAAUGGAAUUUAUCGAUUGAUGGAAUGGUUAGCACGAUCAUUAAACAUAUCGUAACUAAUGAGAAGCAAUUUCCGGUGGUAUUACUCGGUGGUGGAGGGUAUCUGAACACAAAUUCUUCAAGGUUUUGGUGUUUUAUGUUGAAGGAAUUAAGUAAAGUUAGCAAUCCAUUGAAUAAUGUGGAUCUCACAAAUAUCCCCAUGGAAGAGAAGUUCUUAGAUUUGUAUGAAAAUGAAAGCCAUUUGUUUUGGGGAGUUAAUAAUCUGUUGCAAAAAGCGUCAAUGAGAAAAGAUUUAAACAGUACAGAAUAUUUGCAGGAAAUAGUCAAAAUAAUACGAGAUAGGAAUAUAAAAUAG